CACCUAGAUUUCAACUGAAGACACCACUGCACAAUAAAAAGCUUCCAUCUUUACACAAUGGCUUCACAACUGCACAUCUACACACCAUUCACCACCUUUUCUCCUGAGAGAAUCAACAAACUCUUCUUCCCCAGACUUUCAUGGCCAGGCAACAACAAUGGCAGAGGAGCUGCUCGCAAUGCGGUCAAAGUUAUGGCUGAGAAAAGAGACAACCUUGACAGUUUGCAAAGAGUUGGCAAUCAACAACAGUCCCAACCAAAGAAAAUGCAGCAGGUUGCAGCGCCAACUGGGAUGUGGGAUGGGUUUCCAGCAGCAAGGACAAUGCAGCAGAUGAUAGACACAAUGAACAGGAUCAUGGACGAUCCCUUUUCCUAUAGCAGUGGCUUGUGGCCUACUGCGAUUUCUCCAGUUCAGGGAGAUGGGUAUGGAAGGGGAAGGACGCCUUGGGCGAUACAGGAAGGUGAAAACGAGUAUGGAUUGAGGUUCGACAUGCCUGGCAUGACGAAGAACGAUGUCAAGCUGUGGGUUGAAGACAAUAUGCUGGUUUUCAAAGGUGAAAAGGAACUGGACAAGGAUGGAAAUGGUGAAGCUGCUGGGAGUGGUGAAGAUUGGCCGAGUAAGAGCUAUGGCAAGUACAGUUUCAGAAUAUCUUUACCAGACAACAUCGAGUUCGAGAAAAUUAAGGCGGAAGUAAAAGAUGGAGUGUUGUAUGUCACUAUUCCUAAAGCCAGUACCAGCCGCAAAGUCAUCGACAUUGAUAUAGAGUGAGAGAGUUCAAUGGCUGACAGAUC